UUGGACCAUGCCUGGAAUUCCUGGGAAUCCCAGCCCGCCAUCCCAGCCCUGCUCCUAGCGGGAUCUCGGUCCUGCUGCCAGGGCAGUCCCAGCCCUCACUUUGUGGGGUCGCCAGCCCCACUCCCAGGCCGAUCCUGGCCGCACUCCCGGGCCGAUCCCGGCUGAGCUCCCGGGGAAUUCCAGCCCCGCUCCCGGGCAGCUCCCGGGGCCAUCCCCGCCCGGUGGGCCCCACCCCGACCAGGCGCCGUUGCCGCUUUAAGGCGCCCCUCGGGCGCGCGCUUCCCGCGCGUCACCGCUCUGCCUCCGCCCCGCCCAGGGGGCGUGGUCACUGCCCAGAGUAGCCAAUGGGUGCUGUCUUUUUCUUGUGACGUCAUCUGGGCGUGGCCGGGGCGGAAGACGCGCUAUGGCGUACCCGGGGCAGGGCUACCCCGGCGCCGGACAGCCCCCCCCGGUCGGUCCUUACCCCGGGGCUCCCUAUGGCGGGGGGCCACCCCCGGGCCCCUACGGGCAACCCCCGCCCGGGGGUCCCUACGGUAGCCCCUACGGCGGCCCCCAGCCCGGGCCCUACGGCGGGGCGGCCCCGGGAGGGAAUGCCCCCCCGGGGGUGGAUCCCGAGGCGUUUUCCUGGUUCCAGACGGUGGAUACGGAUCACAGCGGGUUCAUCUCCGUCAAGGAGCUGAAGCAGGCGCUGGUCAACAACAACUGGUCCUCGUUCAACGAUGAGACCUGUCAGCUCAUGAUCAACAUGUUCGACAAGACGCGGUCGGGGCGCAUCGACGUCUACGGCUUCUCCGCCCUGCUGCGCUUCAUCCAGCAGUGGAGGAGCCUCUUCCAGCAGUAUGACCGGGAUCAGUCCGGCUCCAUCAGCUUCAGCGAGCUCCAGCAAGCUUUCUCCCAGAUGGGCUACAACCUGAGCCCCCAGUUCAGCCAGCUGCUGCUGGCCCGGUACGCCCAGCGUUCCCCCAGUCCCAAUCCCAGUAUCCAACUGGACCGGUUCAUCCACAUCUGCAUGCAGCUGCAGAGCCUCACCGACGCCUUCCGGGAGAAGGACACGGCCAUGGUGGGAAACGUCCGGCUCAGCUACGAGGAUUUCCUCACCAUGGUGGUGACCCGGAUGCUGUGACAUCCCCACUCCAAAGGCUGGGAAUUCUGGAGCUCUCCAGGAGCUUCAGCCGUCCUCAUCUUCCCGUUGGAUGUGGCUGAGCCCCUCUGGGAGUUUCCCCCCCGGGGCCAAAUUUCCGCCUUGACCCACCCCAAGUCCUUGCUGGGGUUUUCCUGGCUUGGAUUCUUUGUGUGCGUUCCGUGGGAGUCGGGAUGAAUCCCACGCCAAACUGGGGACAGCCAAACCAGCUCAGAUCCCGUGCCAGCCCCAAAUUCCAGCUUCAUCCCGAGGCGCCUGCAGCACAGCAUCCCCGUUUCGGGGAGGAAAAGCUGAGCCUUGGGUUUGGGAGCAGCAGGAAAGGGGAAAAGUGAGGGCAGAGCUCCUUCCUUCCCUCCCUGGGAGCACAUCCCACCCUGGGAAUGCUUUCCUGGGGGGGGGGUCUCAUCCCUGGUUCUCCGGGGGCUGCUGGAAUGGGAUGUGCUGCUGCAGCCCCGCGGGAUCAUCCCCUCGCUGUUGCCAAUCCUGAAGCCAAAUCCGGGCAAAGUUUAAGAGCUCGAUUUUUCCAGCUUUGGAAUAAAACGCGUUGUGCUCCG